CAAUUUCCAAAAGAAGGAACCAUAGGAAUCUGUAUAGUUGGACUUGCUAAAAUGGAGUUGGUGAAAAGGAUUCCUAGCCACAGCUACCACCCAAAGAUCCAAGUACUGCAGAGGAUCCAGGAGUACCCAAAGGAGCUUCCCAGGCUGUUGCUUAGCAGGAGCUGAACAAACAUGCUGAAGAAGCAGUGGCAGACCUUGAUUCUGCUCGCAGACACUGAACGUCUCUAUACUGUCGUAUUCCAAGAAAUCUGUGAGCGUUUUGGAAAAGCCUACACGUGGGAGGUGAAAUCCUUAGUCAUGGGUAAAAAAGCAUUGGAGGGAGCACAGAUUAUUCGAGAUAUUCUAGAGCUUCCGAUGACCAAAGAAGAGCUGCUGCAUGAGAGUAAAAUGAAGCAGGAGAAAAUAUUUCCUAGUGCUGCAUUGAUGCCAGGUGUUGAAAAAUUGAUCCGCCAUCUACACCAGCACAACAUCCCCAUUGCUGUUGCUACAAGCUCAGCUGGAGAGACAUUUGAGAUGAAAACAAUCAAACACAAAGGUUUCUUUAGUUUAUUUAAUCACAUUGUAUUGGGAGAUGACCCAGAAGUGAAGAAUGGCAAGCCACAGCCUGAUGUGUUUUUAGUAUGUGCAAAGAGAUUUCACCCAGCACCUCCUCCAGAAAAGUGUCUUGUGUUUGAAGAUUCUCCCCUCGGAGUCAAAGCAGCAUUAACAGCCAGGAUGCAAGUAGUUAUGAUCCCAGAUGAAAAUUUGAAUCAAGACCUUACAAAAGAAGCAACUGUGGUUCUGAAAUCUAUGGAGGACUUUAAACCAGAAUUGUUUGGUUUACCACCAUAUGACUAAUCACUAGUAUAUCUCAACGUGUUCUUGGUUUGAGGGAACAUUAGAGGUGGGGUGAAAACUCAAAGUACAAUUUAUCAUUAUUUUGAUCACUUUUUCCCAAAAAACAAAAGAUCAGACAUCCUGGUAACACUGUGAGAUUUUUCCAUAAUUACAUAUUAAAUUUGACAAAAUGAUCAUUGGAAGGAUUAUCUCCUCCCGCCUACUCAUUAUCUGUUCUCUGCAUAGUGUAAUGUGCCCUCAGUGCAUUUGUGAAAAGACAGGCUCCUGCACCUCUGUAUGGAGGUUCUUCUUCUGAUAACAACAAGCUGUUUGGAACACACUGACUCUCAGUCUUAUCAUUGCAGAACUCUACUUGUUACAAAUUGGCUCUUGCCCUAACACAGUUUUCUCCAGGGUUACCAUACAUCCAGGUAUGGUUUUCCUGGACAUGUCCUCUUUUUUGGCCCCAUGUCCUCUUGUCACGGGGGGCAGGUUUUUAAAAUGCAAGCAAAUGCCUGGGUUUUUCCUCUGCCUCUGCUUUUCCCCAGCACUUCCAACUUUGCUGCUUGGGGCUGGGACCAGCAGGGCAAGGUGACUGGCUGUCAGAGGAUCAUGUGCUCUGUGUGGAGGCCCUGGCAGCUGCUUACAAGUAAGAGAUACGGAGACAAAGAGUGUGUGUGUGCACGCAUGCAUGCAAGCUGCGUGGGGAGCAGGGCUGGGGGGGCAGGGGCCUGUGGGUUGGGAGUAAGGAACACUGA